AUGAACAUCCAGUACUUUCCUUUUGACGUCCAGUCCUGCUUCCUUGUAUUCGGAUCAUGGUCUUACGACAUGAGAUACAUCAACAUUAUACCCGUUAACCGAGAUGCUGACCUAGAUAUUUACGCCGAAAAUUCCGAGUUUGACCUUGUAGACUACAGCACAGAUAACUACACGUUUAUGUACGUUGGGUUUCCUGCUCCAUUUGCCUACACCAGAUACAAAAUAACGAUGAAACGUAAACCGCUGUACUAUUUGUUUAAUAUUUUGAUGCCAACGAUAUUACUUACCAUGAUUGCUCUGCUUGGGUUUUUUGUCCACGGUUCUGGGGAGAAGAUAUCUAUUGGGAUCACCACUUUGUUGUCCAUGGUGGUUUUCCAGAUGGUUGUCGCUGAUCGUCUUCCCCCGGUGUCGGAUGCCAUCCCUCUGAUUAGCAUAUAUUACGGGAUAUCAAUCUUGAUAAUCUCGAUUUCAACAAGCAUCAAUGUGUUUACACUCUAUCUAUACAACUGUGGCGAGUCUGGCUGUGAAAUCCCUGGAUUGUUAAAAAGGAUCUGUUUAGGACGCCUGGCGAGGAUUAUCUGCACCUUUCGACCAUUAAAAGAACUCCAGGGACACAAAGACCAGCAGAGACAGUACAUUAAGACCUCGGGAGUAGAGGAAAAUCCUAUGAAGUCUCUCCUCCAAGACAGGGAAAAUCCCAAAACUGGAAGGAAAUCUCCUGAUGGAGAAAAGGAAUGUGCAGAUCUUGAAGAGGAAUUGAGAAUGUCUUUACGAUGUAUCAGACAUGUUAUCCACGAACACGACAAACACACUGAGGAACAGGAGCGCUCUGAUUCUUUAAAACGCGAAUGGCAUGACCUGGCCCACGUGAUUGACAGAUUGUCUCUCCUCAUUUUCCUGACAAUAAAUGGCUGUUUAAUCAUCGGUCUGGUUGCUUUGAACAAUUCUUGA